AUGUUCAUCGGUCAAUUGCCUUCUCCUUCUGCCUUUGUACCAUCUAUUUUACGAGCACCUACAACCGAGGAAAAGAUAACUGACAAUGGAACUUUAGCGAUUUCAAUUAACGUUCCAGAUGAAAGCAAUGGCCCUGUGAGUUGUUUAUUCAUCAUUGUUCAAGGCAAUAUAGAAGCUAAAUUUCUAUCUUUAAUCGAAAAAUCACGUAUGGCCGAACUGAGUUCUGGAAGACUACAAGAUGAAUACAUUGCAAUUGCUCUAAAUAGAAACAGCAUUAGGUCAAAUCUUUCUACCAUCAAUCUUAUUCUUGGAAACAAAAAGAACACCACAUGCGACGCCAGUAAACCAAAUCAUCAACAACAAACAAACAGCUCUGACAAUGUAUAUGAAGCAUACAACAAAAGAUUAUCAAAUUCGCAAACUUACAAAAUAUUUCUUGUAACGGCAACACCGAGUAAAGACACAGUUCUAUUCAAAGUCAGUGAUGAACUUUUAAUCGAGAAGAUUGUUCCAGAUACCAAUCAAAAUAUCAUCUUAGGAGUGGUAGCUGGAGGAAUACUUGCUAUUCUGUUUGCUUUUGGGUCUGUAUAUUAUGUGAGGCAUCGCAAUAAUCAAAAGAAAUGCAAAACCCCCGAAACCAUAUCGAGCAUUUCAAUGAAUGUUUCAAAAAAAGAAAAGACAGAAUAUGUAUCAGCAGAUACACAACAUCAUCUGAAUGCGUCAAUCAACACUUAUGGAACGAUUGCUGAUAAUGGUUACGAGGAAAUCUCUGAUCGCCCAGAAUGGAAUCCAUACGAGAUAGCAGUUAGCCAAUAUGAGACUGUUUUAUGA